CAAAUAUCCACUUGAAAUUCUCCAUGAAACAUGUUUGUCCGUUUGAUACCCAAACAUUUAUGGUCCAUCUGGGUACUUCUAGGUGCCACAUGCUUUCCAACAAUUGUGAUCAUUCUGAAGAUGUGUGGGGUAGCGCAUGCUCAACUUUAUUACACGACUGGUAACACCAUCCAGAUACCAAGUUUUCUAUUGCCAUCCACUAUAACUUUGAACAUACCUCAAACGCCUCAGUCUACACCCAGACCUGCUGCACCGGCUACUUUCCGGCCACCUACGGGCACUGGGGCGUUUGCUCCUGCUUUUGGAGCCCCCGCGGCUGGUGCUGCCCCUGCCCCGGCACCUGGUGGGGCGACGACUGGUGGUGCAGCUCCUGGGGCUCCCCCUGUGGCACCUGCACCUCAGCCACAGACUAUCAGCGUCAGCAUAACCCAACCCCAGCAGGUGGUGAACACUCAAGGCGUCAGCCUAACUCAACCUCAGCAGGUGGUGAACACCCAGUUAGACAGCUGUCUAGGUCUAGGCUGCUAUUCUCUGCUGCCUCUAAUACCGUCUCAGCCGGUUGUGUACGCUCAACCAUUGUACUACUCGCUCUGGAACUGGCGGAGUUGGGCUCUUGGUUGGAGAUCUGGUUGUGCGGUGUGUUAGUAUUGAAAAGAGGCCAAUUCUACAGCUGAAUGGAAAUGCUGGAAUUGAGAGCACAUUCAAGUAUUUCUUUGUUUAGUAUCCAUUGCUUCAAACUCUCACUAGUGGAAAUUAAUCGGACUUUGAUUUAAAGUGCAAAAUUGUUGAUCUGAAACAUUGUAAUUCGGUGUGACAGAGCUUAUCAAUUUCUGAUCAAGAAAACCCUCCUGUCUUACUUGUUGUUCUCCACCCUUUUUCACCUACAUUUAUAAAUUUGUAGCCAUUUCCCAAAAAAAUAAGAGUGUAUGAUUUUAUUUGCUUUGAUUGUUAUCAGAUUUGAAAUAAAAUAACACCCUGUUUUAUGCCAAACUUAAGCCACACAUUUGAUUGCCUACCAUCAGUGAUUUUUAUUUCUUUUUCCUCAAAAGUUUUACUACUACGUCAUAUAUUUUUAUAGAUGUAAGAAAACUAUGGAGUAAUUUAUUCUGUUUUCUGCCAUUUGAAGUUUGAUUAUAAUUUAUUGUUUUGUACGUAAUAAAUUAUUUAUUGUGUUGAGUA